AUGACGUGGCGUGAGCUACGUAGUCGGCAGUUCUGGCGUGCCAUGCUGGCAGAGCUGCUCGGCACCCUGGUAUUAGUAAGCGCCGUGCUGGGUGCCUCUGUGCCAGGCCCCGGCGAGGCCCCCGGGGGACCCCUCUACCCAGCAGUGGCAGUGGGUGCUGUGAUUGUUGUACUGGGUCACUGUUUUGGAGAAAUAAGUGGGGCACAGGUGAACCCUGCUGUGACUCUGUCCCUGUUGGCCACUCGGAGGCUGGAUGUUCUCAGGGCCCUUGCUUAUAUCACUGCACAGUGUUUGGGGGCCUCUUUAGGAGCUGGAGCCCUCUACCUGGCCCUGCCACUCAAAACCACUGCAGAAUACUUCGUCAACAGGGUUCCCAUAGAGCUGAAUGCAGCCCAGGCUCUGGGCAUAGAGGCAUUGUGCACCUUCCAGCUGGUCUUCACUGUGUUCUCAGUGGAGGACCAGCGACGGAGGGAAAGCCCAGAACCAGGAAACCUGGCCAUUGGAUUAGCACACACUGCUGGCGUGCUAAUAGGGGCACGGUUCUCUGGUGCAAGUAUGAACCCCGCACGUUCUCUGGGUCCGGCAAUCAUCACUAGCUUCUGGGAAAACCACUGGGUUUAUUGGAUGGGACCAGUGCUCGGUGCUAUCCUGGCGGGAGUGUCCCAUGAGUUCUUCUUUGCACGCAGUGCCUCUCGCCAGAAGCUGGUGGCAUGUCUAACCUGUAAGGAUAUCGAGAUUGUGGAGACGGCCAGCAUGACCGGAUCAUCGCUGUCCACAGUCACGCAGAAUGCCAUGAGAGCCAAGCAGGCCAACAAACAGGAAAACAACUGAUGACACCUACAUGAAAAAAACCAAACAGAAAUACAUUCCUUUUGCAAUAUUGCAGUGAUUUUUAUGAAAAUGUACAGUUUAUCAGUAAUGUAGAUCAGGCUUGACAGUGAAUGGGAUAAAAGAAAGGGAGUAGCUGUGCUUUAAGUUAAAUUUAUCACAUAUGAGCACAUUUACCAUUAAUAAUGUAUGGUGUAAUACACAAAAUCAUACAGCUGCUCCCAGUGAGUGAUCCAAGAGAGGAAAAAAGUGUUUAUCCUAUAUUUAAUAUUAUUAUAUACAGUUUUGAGUUUUAAAGUACCUUGUCAAGCAUUCCAGUCCUGUGAUAAAGAAAUACUAAAAUGUGAAAGUAGUAAUACUUCAAGAGAAAUGGUGGCUGUAGCUUAGGUGAUAGAGCAACUAAGCAGUUGUCUAUUAUUUGUAAGAUUGAACCCCAGCUUUUCCUGUUGAAGUGUCCUUGAGCAAGACACUGAACCCCAAUGUGAUUAAUCUGCUGUUUAGUUUCUCAUUUUGUUGAUUUUCUUCUAUUAAAGGUCAGAAAAUUGUGGGAAAUGCCCAUUAUAAUUUGAAAAUGAAAAUGAAGUAUUCAAACAUCUUGUCUGACCAACAGUCUAAAACUCAAAGAUAUUAAUUUUACAACAACAUAAAGCAGAAAACAAUGAGCAAAUCCUCACAUUUUAGAUCCUGGAACUAGUAAAUGUCUGACAUUUUUGCUUGAAAAAUGACUCACGCAAUGUUCCUGUCAGAGUGUAACAAUUAUUGAUCUGAAACAAAGUCUAUAUAUUGGUAAUACAAGAUUUAUUCCCUAUAACAGCCACAUUUUAUGAGUUCAGUGUAGAAUCAAAGUAAAUAGUAGACUAACUGCAGCAGACAGAUAAAUGUUGUUAAGUAAAAAAGUACAAUGUUUCACUAUAAAACACAAUGUAAUAGUAAAAUGGAAAUACUCCAUCAAAGUACCAGUACCUGAAAACCUAGGAAAACAUACAGUAUCUUGUUACUUCCCACCUCCUGUGUCCUGUAACCUAAGUUAGUAAACACAAAUAUUUAAAUGAGACUAUGUAACUUUUGCUGUUGACAUUUAUGGGAUGAUGGUAAAUGCUAUAACAUAAUGUCAUAGUAGCACAAGUAGAGAAGAGUGAAAAGUCUGCAAACUAACUCAUUCAUCAUUCAAACAUCAGUUUAAUAGCACUAUUUAUGUAGAGUUUGCCCAUGUUAGCUAACAUUAGCCACCAUUAGCUUAUGCUCAUAUCAGACUAGUGAGGCUGUAGCAGCAAACCCCCUCAGUAUAUUAAGCUGAGUGAGGGUGUUUAUUGUUGCUCAUGAAUUCAGGUAUUUGUUUGUAAAGAAUGUGUUAUUUCUCCUUUCAAAGUCACAUGGUCUCACUAACAUGCGUUGUGUGCUUGCGGGUGCCCUACAGGUCCCUUUUCUUUUCAAGAGACCACAUUAAAUAUAAAACCUACAUGUUGCUCAGGUGCGAAUAAAUAAGGCAACAAAGGGAAGACUACUUUCAAGCGAUCACUGAGUUAUCCUUUUACUGUCCUUCCACUAAAACAUUACCAGCCCAUUCUGGAGGUUCACAAUGUUCCCCGGAUUCUGACUAAAAUUAGUCUUUGCUUUUUGUUGCACAUGUGGGGAGAAAUUAACGUGGAAGCUGUAUUUUAAAGGGGCUGAAUGUGACCUCUGAGGUCCUGGUUGCCUGCCAUUAGCGUAUGUGAAAGUGCAGCCAAUAUUGUGAGAUUCCGUAUUGUUACUUUCACAUUUGCACAUCAUUAGAAUAUAUAAUUGAGACUCAUUGAAAUCCGUCUGAAAACACCCUCAUGUUCACCAUUUUCAGUUGCAUCCCAUAUCUGUGGAUGCUUUGAAAUGCUAAAGAGGUCCUUGCCCUGCAUUGUAGGUUCAAUGAUGCUCUCAGUCAGUUCGACAUCGCUCUCAUGUCUGUGCCUGUUACCGUCCAUCUCUUCGCCGAGGCCUCCUAUUCACAAGCAAAUGGACCUUCAUACCUCUGUAAUGGCUGUACAGAAAGAACACCUUCAGUGGAAAUAAGCUUUGUAAUUUAAAAUGGGUACAAUGAGCGUGUGUGUGUGUGUGUGUGUGUGUACAUGCGUGUUUGGGUGUGUGAGAGACAAUUUUGCUUUCAUGGAACCUUUUUGGCAAACGAUGCCAUGUUGGUCAGUUCACCCAAAUUAUACAAGAAAAUUUUCCCAGUAGUGGCCUUGCCUUGCAGAUGAAUUUGAUUCAAUUUGCCUAAGUUUUGCGAUAUUCAACUCCACCCAAGUACACCUCAUACCACUAGUGGUAAGUGAAAAAUAUGUUUUUGGAAUUUGGAUGAACUGCCACUUUAAAACCAAUACUAUUUAUUAUAUUUAUUAUGUAUUAAUAUUGAUAACUGAGGUCAAAUGUGUUCACUGUACACUGUAUUAUCUGGAUUUGACAGCAAGUCUAAAAUAAAACCAUGUUAGCAAUCAGUAUCACUAUAGCAGUGUAAUUUG